AUGUCGUUUUGUCGACCUCUUGUGAUCGCUGCCAGGAACAAGAAUGCAGUCCAACCAACUGAGGCUGACAUUUAUCUGAUCGACGAGCCCUCGGCGUACCUGGAUGUGGAGCAGCGUGUGGUUGCAGCUCGUGUGAUGAAAAGGUUCAUCCUGCAUGCCAAGAAGACUGCUUUCAUUGUCGAGCAUGAUUUCAUCAUGGCGACGUAUCUUGCGGACCGCGUAAUUGUCUACGAUGGGAGGCCGGGCAUCCAUUGCGUGGCAUCGGCUCCAAUGUCGCUGCUUGAGGGCAUGAACAAGUUCUUGGCGCAGCUGGAGAUCACCUUCCGAAGAGAUCCAACCAAUUUCCGUCCUCGAAUCAACAAAGCAGAGUCUGUGAAGGCAGAUCAAGGGAAGGGACGCACAAGCUUUAAAUCCCUCGCAAACCAAAAUUUGCAGCUAAGCAGAAGGACCGUGAGCAGAAGCAGGCAGGCAGCUACUUCGUCUUGGAGGAGUGAAUACGAGGACAUCGGAGAGAAGAUCAGUCAGAAUGCUUCUGUUGAACUGCGCCUGUCCUUGGCCCAAGUCAAAUUGGGCCAAGGGCCAUUCCAGACAAGGAUAGUUGACGAUUGCAGGAUGAAACGUGACUACGACCAUCUAUUCAAGCUGGUGCUUAUUGGUGAUUCAGGCGCUGGCAAAUCCUGCCUUUUGCUUCGCUUCGCAGAUGAUGCCUUUACUGACAGCUACAUCACAACAAUUGGUGUCGACUUCAGGUUCAAGACGAUUCCCGUAGACAAGAAGACGAUCAAGCUCCAGAUUUGGGACACAGCAGGUCAGGAGAGAUUCCGAACAAUCACCAGCGCGUACUAUCGAGGUGCUGACGGAAUCAUCCUUGUUUACGACAUUUGUGACCGGGAAUCGUUCAAUCAUGUUGAUGAGUGGUUGAACGAAGUAAACCGUUAUGUCAACGAGAACACCUGCAAGAUCCUCAUCGGCAACAAGUGCGAUAUGACUGCAGAAAGGCAGGUGUCCACCGAGGAGGCAAAGAAAAAAGCAGAAGAUCUGGGCAUUGCGUUCAUUGAGUGCUCUGCCAAAGACGCGACAAACGUGGAGGCUGCUUUCCAGAUGAUGUCAACAGAGCUGAUAGCGAAGAGCGAGAAGCAAGGAGCACGCCCGCAACGGCCGGCAGGAGGAAGGAACGGGGCACAAGCGCAUGUGGUGGCUGUGGCCAGGGCUAAAUGCCCUUCUCACAGCUGGACUGGGAAGGUGGAGGUGGUGGCGCUUAGGCUUCUGGGAACUUUCGACACCUGGACUGCCACCGAAGCCAAGGGUGGCAACUUGCCCAUUCUGCUUCCUUCGUCGUCCUGGGUACUCCCGUAUUCGCGUCGUUUUUCCAAGAUCCUGUCGAUGGCACCAAGAUGGACAGUAGUUGGAGGUGCUGAGAAAGGCGGUAUCUUGGUCCGUCGUGGACAGGAACUGGCUUCAGCUGCUCUGCCCGACCGGCUUUCCACCGGUGCCGAGGUUGAGGAGCUGCACACAUCUGGAGAGCGUCUGCAUUUCCGUCGAAUCACUGGUACUGGCCCCGAGGAGGGUUGGGUGAGCGUGCGGAUCAGUGGAAAAGAGUUGCUGCGGCGACAGGACGAGUCAGAUGUGACGCCGUCGAAUAGUGGCAAAAUGGCCUUGAGCCUUCCCAUCAAGCAUCGUGAAAUAGUCGGACCAAGCUCCGGAUACCGCCAUCGCUGGGCUGUCAACAUUGAUGCCUGGCACCCCGAGGGCGGAUCCGAUGGCAAAGAGUUUCAAUUUUUGCUGCACCUAAUCAAGGAAGAGACAGACAGAAAAGCCGUCAUGAGAUUCAAGUUCUUGGAGGAUCAAAAGCGGGCUCUUGUCUCUAGACUGUUGGUGC